AUGACCGAGAUGAAGAAGGAGUUUUCUGCCUUGCAGAAGACUAACAAAGGUCUUCAACUAAAAAUGAAGAAGCUGGAAGACCAGGCUGAGGCUACAACUAAGGCCCAACAGAUAGCCGAAGAAAAAGCUGAAUCAGCCGAGGCCAUAAGGAAGGUCGCCGAAGCAGAAAAGAUAGAGGCCGAGGACAGAAAGGCCCAAGCCGAAAAGGAACUCCAGGAGGCCUUGGCCACCAAGGAUGUCGAAAUUAAGGAGGCUGAUGAAAAGGCAUACGCCCAGGGUAUGGCUGACGUUACUGAAGAAUACAAACUUCAGAAACUUGAUCUUCCUGCUGAUUCACCCUUCCGCAAUGCCGAUGCUAUCCCUCUUCCCUUCCCACCACCUCCACCUCCAAGUCAACCUGAGGAUGCUUUUGAAUCUGAGGAUGAAGAUGGAGGUGAGGACGAGGAUAAGGCUGAAAUUUUGGUAAGGAAACCUAAGGAUGCUGCCGGGACCAAAUCCCUUCCUUCAAGUUCGCAAAUCAUGGACUUAACUCAAGAUGAUAUAGGUGAAGGGGUUGCCAAGGAAACCACUCUAGAGCACGCUUCGUCCAACGUUCCUCAAAUUGACAAGAAUAUUGAUGAAACUCUUGCCGAGAUCGAUGCAGAACUUGCAAUGGAGAAGGCGGCCGAAGUAGCUCUUCAAGAAUCUGCAGAGGUCCAAACCAAAGUUGCUCCUGAGGCUGAGGAACCACAACUUUGA